UUCUUUUAUACAUUGAGUUAUAAUUAAAAAGUUUAUUAGAAGAACUUUAUAAUUCACUUGUAAUUUAUAUUAGUAUAAAAAUUAAUAUGUUAAUUUGAUACAAUAUAAAUAUGCACAUGUUAUAUUCAUUAAUUAUUCAAUAAUAAGUUUUAAAAAAUAUUUACAGAGUUCAAUAUGUCUGAAUCUAUGGAUAUUUCUGAAUCUACUAACGGAAAUAUUUCUACCCAACCUGAUGUAUCUGCUCAAAUAAGUAAAAAGGAGAAGAAGCCAACAUGUAUCGUCAUUCUUGGAAUGGCUGGAUCUGGCAAAACCACAUUUGUACAAAGACUUGUUUCAGUAUUAUACAAAACAGGAAAACCUUAUGUAAUAAAUUUAGAUCCUGCAUGUAGAGAAGUUCCUUAUCCUGCUAACAUAGAUAUUAGAGAUACUGUCAAUUAUAAGGAAGUGAUGAAACAGUAUAGUUUAGGACCAAAUGGUGGUAUUGUUACUGCCCUAAAUCUUUUUUCUACAAAAUUUGAUCAAGUUAUAGAACUUAUUGAAGAAGGAGGUAAAGAGCAUGAAUAUGUAAUUUUGGAUACUCCUGGGCAAAUAGAAGUUUUUACAUGGUCAGCAAGUGGGACAAUCAUAACAGAAGCUUUAGCAUCUGAAUUUCCAACAAUUAUAGUAUAUAUAUUAGAUACUGUAAGAAGCGUUAAUCCCGUAACGUUUAUGUCUAACAUGCUUUAUGCAUGUUCUAUACUUUAUAAAACUAAAUUACCAUUUAUUGUUGCUAUGAAUAAGAUCGAUAUUAUCGAACAUAGUUAUGCGGUAGACUGGAUGCAAGAUUUUGAAGCAUUCCAGGAAGCUUUGGAUUCAGAAACAAGUUAUAUUAGUAACUUAACACGUAGUAUGGCUCUUACACUUGAUGAAUUUUAUAGUCAUUUACGUAGCUGUGGAGUUUCUGCUGCAACAGGAGCUGGUAUUACUAAGUUUCUUGAACUUAUUAAAGAUGCAGAAGAAGAAUAUGAAAGAGAAUAUAAGGAAGCUUGGAAGAGAAUGAAGAUUAAACGAGAUGCUCAGCGACAAAAGGCAGAGAAAGAACAACUUGAAAAAGUAACUCAGGAAGCUACAGGAGAAAGUAUGUCAUUAUUAACAACAGUUAAUAGCGGAAGAGAAAUUUCAGAUAUAUAUUUAAAACACGCUGGUGAUGAAUCAAGUGAAGACGAAGAUGGUGAGGAAAAUCCAUUUAAUUGUGAAGAAGAUGAAGAAGAUGAAGAAGAAAGAAAGGAAACAGAGUCCUUCAAAAGUUUUUUAAAUAGACAUAAAAUGCAACAAAAGAAACAUAUAACUGAUCAACCUACAAUAAGUAGUGAUACAUAGCCUAAAAAGAAAUGUUUGUAUUAAAAAAUAAAUUUUGUUAUUAAUAAAUAAAUUGUACGUUUAAUAUAAA